GACGGAGAGGGGGGCCGCGCUAGUGACAGAGCAGACAUUUAUUGUCGCUGUGUUGCUGGAUGCAGCGGCGCGCCUCGGCGUGUUUGUUUUCAUUGUCGCUGCUCUGUUAAUUGUAUUUGUUCGCGUUGCCUGCGCUGAUCUGUCUCGCUUUGUGUUAAUGUCGUGAAGGAGGAGAGCAGAGGGCUGCCGUGUUCGCCGUGCCUGCGCUGCCUCUCUGUCAGCCCGCUGUGUGACUCUGUCUCGCACGCCUUGCUCUGGGUUUAUAUGCCGCUGUGUCGGAGCCGCCGUGGCGCUACCGGGAUGCCCGUACUGCCCGCAGGACUGAUCAACUGGAUGAUUCUCCUCACCCUGUGCUGGGAAUGGAGACCAGUAACAGCGGCGGGAGCGCAGCCGGGAACACUGCCGCCCUCCCUGUCUUUAGCAAUUGCACCCUGGACCGAGACUGCUAAGGACUUGACUACCGAGAGGAACACGGCGGAUCGCCCCUCGGAGCCAGCCUCCCCCUCACCUUCACCGGCCGCUGACCGGGGAAGGAGAGCCGAACCAGCGGACCAAGGGCGCUGGCGAGGGACUGGGCUGGGGAGCCGAGUUCGGCGAGGGCGGAUAGAGAGCAGAAGCGGGACCAAGCGCGACCUUCACUCACCGCCGGUACCAAUUCAGCACCACGACUCGGGGACAGCGACCUGUGCUUACGAAGUGAUCCGCGCAGGGGGCGGGGCGUGGGGGGAGGACGGCGGCUCAUCCUCGACCUCAGCGGGCAACAGGGUCUGCUUCAGAUACCCCGAGACCGGCUUUGCGUGCCGGCAGAGGGACUGCACGGCGCACAAGUCCUCUGGCAGGACGCAGCUGGUCGCCAACGUGUUAAAAAACAGCAGCGUCUACCUGCAGUGGAGGAGCCCGUCUUCUCACCCUCUCCCUUCUCCUCCUGCACCGUCUGACCUGCAGCGGAACAGCGCGGCCGCGGCGCUGCAGCUCCGGGGCUUCGACAUGAAGUGCUCGUGGAAAGGCACGUACACGCAGUUCCAGUGUGACGGCGUGCGCCUCGGAGCGAGCUGCAGGGACUACCUGCUGACGGAUUUGCACGACAAUGUGCGCUACAGAAUCUGCUUGCGCGCACUCUACUCCCGCGGCGCCGGCGGUGGCAAUGGCACAGCUAAUGCCAGGCGCGCCAGGAGAAGCCACGGCACCGCCAGCGAGCCUCCGGGGCCCGGGGACUGCCUCGAGUUCACCGUGGAUCCGGCUGGCAUGCAGGACAUUGUGAUCGCGAUGACCGCGGUGGGGGGGUCGAUCUGUGUCAUGCUGGUUAUUAUCUGUUUGCUGGUCGCCUAUAUCACAGAGAACCUCAUGCAGCCUGCCCUGAUCAGGAGCUCUGUGAGAAGAAGUCGAUACCACAAGUAUAACACACCCGCUUAACAAGCACCGCGCAGGACAGCAGUCAUUGUAGUUCACCAGGGCAGGCAGGCAGGCAGGGAGACCGGAUUUCACAAUGGCAGUCGCGGUUCAUGGUGUAGUUCACUGUUCUAGUCUAAUCUCAGGCUGAGGCUCUGUAGUUGGGUGUAGUUGUGGGAGCCGCAGGUAAUGCCAUGUUAUUUAUUUAUAUGUAUGCAGUAGCUAUAUGAAAUUCACAUUACAAAAGCAGCGUAUCUCUUGUUAAACAGCACGUGUGUGUCCCCAAGGCUUCCUGCAGUCUGCUUUAGCAGUGUAGUGAAGACUCGUGAGGUAAGCGUGGAGCGGGGAGGAUUAAAGACUCCUUUACGAGGGACGCGACCCGCUCCUGGUUUAAAAUCUUAACUGAGAUGAACGGGUUGAGAGAAACACGGUGAAAUGUGCUAAAGCAUGAAUGACGUCAGCACCCGAGCCCAGUGCGUUGGAAUGCAUCCUGAACAGCAAACGCGUCGCUCCUGGAGCGAGUUCUCCAAAGCACGUCACUCGUCGGUGUUAGCGAAUCGCAGAGCGGCUGGGCCGCGCUCUCUGCACAGAUCUGCUCUUGCAUCAAUAUUAACACAGUGGCGGCUCUGUCUCCCUCCGGGUGUCGUGUCGGUCCGUUCCUCUGAAGCAAGCAGAGCUAGCUCUGUGUGUGUUUCUGGGUCACAUCCAAGACUCCGACCCAAGCAGAGCAUUUUCAUUAUGGUGCCGCCCCUUUAUAAACGUUUCUGUCCAGUGAAAACACAACAAAGCGUAAUAAAGCACAAAUACAGCGCCGGGAAGCAUAGGGAAGCAUUGUGAAGCACAGAGAGGUCUAAUAAAGCAUAGGGAACCAU